GCCCUCGCCGUCGAAUCCAAUCCCAUUUUCAGAGCUGCCCAGAAUGUUGAUGUCGUUGGUAGGGCUGAUUUUGUGUAUCUCAAGGGCUCCUCCGCGAUUUCUUCCACGCUUCACGGCGCUUCCCUGCUCCUCCGGUUGUCAUCGAAUUGGGAUUGGUUUAUACGUCUCACCGCCGAUGAUUACCCACUUGUCAGACAAGACGAUCUUCUUCACAUCCUAUCAUUUCUGCCCAAGGAUAUGAACUUCGUAACACAUUCAAGUUACAUUGGCUGGAGAGAGGCUAGGAAAUUGAAGCCAAUUAUCGUUGAUCCAGGGCUUUAUCUUUCUGAGAAAACUGCCAUGUUCUAUGCUACCCAAAAGAGGGAAUUGCCUAAUGCCUUUCAAUUGUUUACAGGUUCUUCUCUUUCAAUUCUGAGUCGACGUGUUGUCGAGUUCUGCAUCUUGGGAACGGAUAAUUUUCCGAGGACUCUGUUGAUGUACUUCGCAAAUACGCAAUCUAGCCACUUGAACUAUUUUCCAACUGUCCUCUGUAAUUCUCGUCAGUUCAACAAGACAGUACUGAACGAUAAUCUACUAUAUGCCACAUUCGACAGCCCUCCUAAAGAACAGCCCCAGUUUCUUGGCCCCAAUGAUUUUGAUCUCAUGAUUGAGAGCGGAGCAGCCUUCGCCACAAGAUUUAAGUUGGACGAUCCAGUGCUCGACAAGAUCGAUAAUGAGAUAUUGCAUCGUGGUCCUGGACGUACUGUGCCUGGAGGGUGGUGCUUGGGGGAACCUGGAAACGAUACAUGUAUGGUAUGGGGAGAUGCAGAUGUAAUUAGACCAGGAAUAGGAGCAAGAAGACUCGAAAAACGAAUCGUUGGAUUGCUUUCGAAUGGUACAUUUCGAACGAACAGGUGUGUAGUUGUUGAAUAAUUCUUUACAAAUGAACAUCCCAAUAGUAAAAAAGAAAGGGGUGGGGAUGCAAUUUGUGGCAAUUGGCUUAGCCAUCUCGAUUGAUAUUCUUUAGCCUUCAGAGAGUUUUAGGUCAUCUAGUUGUUACCGUUGCAUUUCAAUCAUAUUACAAAUGACAUCUUAUAUAUACCAUAAUGAAUGUUAAAGUCA